AUGGAAACAUUGAAAGAAAAAACGCUUUUGACCAAAGUAGUAUCCGGAAAACUAGUGAAAAAAUACAAAUUAUGGCGUAUGGAAGACACAAAAGUGAUUAAUUACAGAAGAGUAGAAAAAGAAGAACUACUCGGAGGAUGCGUGAGGAAAAACAAAAUUUCAAGGUACUCUGUUAGGGCUGUUGUCGAUUUUUUUGAGGAUGAUUUUAAUAGCAGAUUAGGAGCAGGAAAGAAAAAGUUCAUUACCAGAAAGAAAGAACGUAAACAAAAGAGAUACAUACUACGGACAUUCUGGAUUGUUGUGCCUAAAGUUGACAGACGCCAUACUUGUUUAUGUAUCACCUAUGCCAACAUAGACUUGAAAUUAUCAGCUUUAUAUAAUGCAAGGAUAUUGAAGUACAACAACUAUCAGAAAUUGAUUCAAGAGCUGUGCUGUGACCGCUAUCAUAAGCAGUAUUUAUCUAAGCAAUGUCAAGACUGUUUAAAUAAGACUCCUUUAUACAGAGAAUUCAAUAACAGAAAAACAACCAUCUAUAAGAAAUGGACAACUGAAAAACAAGAUUUCGUAGAUUUGAAAAAGACUCGUCAAGUAACCAAGUAUAUUAAAAAACCAUUUACUGUGAAGCCCCGAAGCCUCAUUUUAGAACUACACGAAGAUCUAGAGAAGUUUCUUUGUCCCGAGAGAAAUAUUGUACACCAGUUCUGUGCAAUUAAAAAACUUAAACAAACACUAACAGAAGAAGAUGUCUUGAUACACAUAGACUUUUCUGAAAAUUAUUCCACUAAAUAUAGGCAGGAAAUCCAGGCUUACCGUUUUGGCGGAUCACGUGCACAGAUCAGUCUACACAUUGUGGUCAUGUAUUUCAAGGAUACAGAUCUUACUGUACUGUGUCUACAAAUCUUUCACAUUCUGCGACUUGGACACCUGAAGCCAAAUCUUAAGUCUUUACCACCAUUAAUAGAAAAUGUGCAUUUCCUGAGCGACGGACCUGUUACACAGUACAGAAACAAAACGAUGUUUUAUAUCACGGCGACAAAACUAACAGAGUGUCUUCCAAAUGUUCACAAGUUCACCUGGAAUUACACUGAGACUGGACACGGGAAAGGGGGGUUCCUGUGGUCUGCCAAUAAGCUUGAAAGUAUACUUCCCAAACUGUUCAGUGACAUGGAAGAUGCUGACUACUAUAUACAGGCAGCCAAACGACUACAGAAGAAAAACAACGGAUACAAAUGA